AUGGCUUGUUCUGCAAUAGUGAUAGGUGACUGUUGUGCAAUGGUGGAAAAAGCGAAUAUCGAAGCUGUUCAUUCCUGUCUCUCAGCCUUCAGCCUCGAGUUCGUUGGCCAACAAGUCCGCUACUAUUGGCGUGGCGUGGCGUGGGCGUUCCAAGCGCCGCUUCACCAAGGAACAUCAGCCCUGUUGCAAUUGCACGUCAUCAUGGACGCAGCGUCAGAAGAGUAUUUGCACAACCUGAGCGACAGAAUCUCACGAGCGCUUGAAGGGAACUUGACGGCAAUCUAUCUCCAUGGCUCUGCAGUGCUUCGCGGGUACAACCGCCGAUGGAGUGACCUUGAGGUGCUGGUCGUGGUACCGAGCCAGACGACACUGGCACAGAGAGCAGCAGUGGCUGAGACGGUGAGCGAGAAAGCGCUGCCGUGUCCGGCGACCGGACUUGAAAUCAGCAUCGUCACGGAAAGCGCAACUGCAAAUCCAGAUACGGCUGCACCGGCGUUUGAGCUACAUAUGACGACGGCAGCCUCGAACAGCAAGAUUGUCGAGGGCCGGGGCCACGACGGCGGCCCAGACCUCCUUAUUCAUUUUGCCGUGUGCAGAGCCAAGGGGAGAAUUCUGGCGAACUUUGCAGCACCAAAGAUGAGGGUAGACGUGUUUGGCGCUGUACCAAGGAAGCGCAUCAUCGCUCAGCUACAGGACGAGCUGCGAAGGGCGACGAGCGAGGGACCGCAACAUUACGCCGUGUUGAAUGCGAGCAGAGCAUGGAUGUAUGCGGGGACACGACAACUCGUGAGCAAAGCCAAAGGAGGACAGUGGGCAAUGUCGAGGCUACAACGCGAUGAGCGGAUUCCAGACCAAGGCAACAAGAUGACGCUCAUCGAGCGGGCGCUGGCGAGGCAAACAGGCGACGAGGCGGUUAUUAUGGUGGCGGAUGAUGUGAAGCGAUACGUCGACUUUGUGUUGCAAGCAUUGGAGCUAGCCGGAGAUGCGGAAGCGAAUCGACAAAGACGAUGA